AUGGUCUGCGUCGUGUGGAUAAUCCGCGUGCAGUCGCCGGAAGGGGUGAAGCGCAUCACGGCCACGAAGCGAGAAACAGUGGCGACGUUCCUCAAGAAGGUUGCUAAAGAAUUUGGUUUCAGGAAUAAUGGGUUUUCUGUCUACACCAAUAGAAACAGGACAGGAGAGAUCACAGCAUCGCAAAACAAAUCCCUCAACUUACUGAAAAUCAAGCAUGGCGAUAUGCUGUUUCUCUACCCCUCGAGCCCGGCUGGCUGCUCCUCAGAGACCAUGGACACCUCUGUCUCCCAAGGCCUGCGGCCUGUGGGGGCACCCCAGGUGGUGGAAGAUGAGAUCGACCAGUAUCUGAUCAAACAGGAUGGGAAGAUUUACCGAAAUCGAGACCAGCAGCUGUGUCGUCAUGGCCCCUUGGGUAAAUGUGUGCAUUGUGUACCGCUGGAGCCUUUUGAUGAGGAUUAUUUAAACCAUCUGGAACCUCCUGUGAAGCAUAUGUCCUUCCAUGCCUACAUCAGGAAGCUGACCGGAGGGGCAGACAAGGGGAAAUUUGUUGCCCUGGAAAACAUCAGCUGUAAGAUCAAAUCGGGCUGUGAAGGGCACCCUCCUUGGCCAGAAGGCAUUUGCACAAAGUGUCAGCCAAGUGCCAUCACUCUCAAUAGACAGAAAUACAGGCAUGUUGACAACAUCAUGUUUGAGAACCACACAAUUGCAGAUCGCUUCCUAGACUUCUGGCGGAAGACAGGAAAUCAACAUCUUGGGUAUCUAUAUGGCCGGUACACAGAGCACAAAGACAUCCCUCUGGGGAUCCGGGCGGAGGUUGCUGCUAUCUAUGAACCCCCACAGAUUGGUACACAAAACAGCCUGGAGAUCCUGGAAGAUCCAAAAGCUGAGGUUGUGGAUGAGAUUGCUGCAAAGCUGGGACUGAGAAAGGUUGGCUGGAUAUUUACUGAUCUGGUCUCUGAAGACACACGGAAAGGGACUGUUCGAUACAGCAGAAACAAGGACACGUACUAUCUAAGUGCAGAAGAGUGCAUCACAGCUGGAAACUUCCAGAACCAGCAGCCCAACAUCUGUCGCCUUUCUCCAGAUGGUCAUUUUGGAUCCAAGUUUGUCACAGUUGUGGCUACAGGUGGUCCCGACAACCAGGUCCACUUUGAGGGGUACCAGGUCUCGAAUCAGUGCAUGGCGCUGGUUCGAGAUGAGUGUUUGCUGCCCUGCCGAGAUGCACCAGAGCUGGGCUAUGCCAAGGAGUCCAGCAGUGAGCAGUAUGUGCCUGAUGUGUUCUAUAAGGACAUAGACAAGUUUGGCAACGAGAUCACACAGCUGGCUCGCCCGCUCCCGGUUGAGUACCUAAUCAUAGAUAUUACUACAACUUUCCCCAAGGAUCCAGUCUACACUUUUUCUAUUUCUCAAAAUCCAUUCCCCAUCGAGAACCGCGAUGUGCUGGGAGAAACUCAGGACUUCCACAGCUUGGCCACAUACCUGUCCCAAAAUACUUCCUCCAUUUUCUUAGACAUCAUUUCCGAUUUCCAUCUGCUCCUCUUCCUGGUCACGAACGAGGUCAUGCCUCUGCGGGACAGCAUCAGCUUGUUGCUGGAAGCUGUAAGGACCAAGAAUGAGGAGCUCGCACAGACCUGGAAAAAAUCAGAGCAGUGGGCCACCAUUGAGCAGCUCUGCAGCACAGUCGGUGUCCAGAUCUCAGGACUACAGGAGUACGGUGCCAUGGGUGGCUCGACACACGCUGUGUCGGCGGCCAUGUGGGCCUGCCAGCACUGCACCUUCAUGAACCAGCCGGGCACGGACCACUGCGAGAUGUGCAGCCUGCCCCGGACCUAGCCAUGCCAGCGCAGCGGCAGACUCCAAUACAGAGCAAACCCCCGAACAGCAGGAGUGGUGCUUGUCCCUUCCCCGUCCUCCCUUCUGCUUCCCCCCAUCAGCCCCCGCCCCGGGGUGCGGAGCCGGGCAGGGGGUGGCUCCAGCCCUCCCCAGCUGCUACUCGCUCCCUUUCAGGGGCAGCCCCAUAGUCGCAGCAGGAGCCGGGCGCCCUGGCUUUAUCUUGACACCGGUCCCCGGCCUGGAAAACCAACGCUUAACCUCAGCCUUCACCCAGUGGGGCCGGGCUGUCUCCCCACCACCCCCAGCUGCUGUCCUAGCCUGCUCCUGGGUGAGCGCUGGGGGCUCUGUGGCCAGCUGGGACACCUCCCUCCCUGCCUGCUUGCCUGCCCGAAGCAGCCUUCCAGCGUAGCAGAGGUGACGGGGAGGCUUUGGCAUCUCCCUGCUCGCAGCUUUGCUCCCUUUUCCCUGCCCGCGUGGGUGGCUGCCGCCAGCCUUGGGUGCCCAGUACCGACAGCUUUCGCACUAAACGGCCGAGGCAAGAGCGAGCAGACGACUGUUAACAGCGCUGGGCCAGACGGCAGCUCUGCCAGGCUGGGCCCCGUGCGCUGGCAGCGCUCCCGGAGCAGGACUGGCCACCCCCCACCCCCCCGCACCACUUGGCACCAGGCAAGGGGUGGGCAUGUGCCAGCUCUCGGCUUGGCACCGCUCCUGUGGCACGCACAGGACCG